AAAGAAUAGUUAUGCAAACAGCAUAUCGUAUUACAGUAAAGCACGGGUCGGCAGAACGCGGAGGUGGUUGUCCCUUGAUGUCCGAACAUUUAAAGUAGGAUGACGGUAGUAGAAGAUAUACCGACGGACCCCAGUACGUCAACACGGCUGAUUAUCUACCCAUUAGUACUGGUGGCCACAGUACUCUGGAUUCUAUAUAGAUGGCAAACACAAUCCAAGCUGUAUAAACUAGGCAAUAAGUUGCCCGGACCUUCCACAGUACCACUAUUUGGCAAUGCUUUAUUGGCGUUAGGGAAGAAACCCGAUGAGUUGGUUACUUUGGCAUUGGACUACGUUGAAAAGUACGGGACGGUGGUCCGAGGAUGGCUCGGCUCACAGCUGGUUGUUUUUCUCUGCGAUGCCGACGACGCUGAGGUCAUAUUAAACAGCCAGGAACACAUCGACAAGGCGUCGGAGUACAGAUUCUUCAAGCCUUGGCUUGGUGAAGGACUCUUAAUAAGUUCAGGAGAAAAAUGGCGGUCACAUCGUAAAAUGAUUGCACCAACAUUUCACAUAAACAUAUUGAAAUCCUUCAUCAGCGUGUUCAAUCAGAACAGCAAGAACGUGGUGGACAAAAUGAAAAGCGAAACAGGAAAAGUAUUUGACGUACACGACUACAUGAGCGGAGUAACGGUUGAUAUUUUACUUGAGACUGCUAUGGGUAUCACAAAAGAAACACAAGACGAAUCUGGAUUUGAUUACGCCAUGGCUGUUAUGAAAAUGUGUGACAUCAUUCAUCAGAGACAUUAUAAAUUCUGGAUGCGUUUCGACGCCAUAUUUAAAUUUACGAAAUUCUUCGAAAAACAAAAACAGCUGUUAAAUAUUAUUCACGGUUUAACGAACAAGGUCAUUAAAAACAAAAAGGAUAAAUAUAUAGAAAAUAAAGCUAAAGGUAUAAUUCCACCUACACUCGAAGAGAUUACACAAAACAAAGUAACAAGUGACUCAGGAUUAGCAAAUGCUAAAACACUAGGAGACACCGUUUUCAAAGGAUAUAGAGAUGAUUUAGACGACAAUGAUGACAAUGACGUGGGUGAGAAGAAACGUUUAGCCUUCUUAGAUCUGAUGAUUGAAUCAGCUCAAAAUGGUACCAAUGAUAUAACGGACUUUGAAAUCAAAGAGGAGGUGGAUACGAUCAUGUUUGAGGGCCACGACACGACUGCUGCGGGCUCUAGUUUCGUAUUGUGUCUCCUUGGAGUGCACCAGAAAAUUCAGGAGAGAGUCUACAAUGAGCUGUACGAAAUAUUUGGCGACUCGGAUCGACCAGCGACCUUCGAAGACACGCUGCAAAUGAAAUAUCUGGAACGCGUCAUUUUCGAAUCUCUACGGAUGUAUCCACCUGUACCGAUUAUCGCUAGAAAAUUAAAGAGGGACGUUAAAAUAGCUACAAACAACUACCUUCUGCCCGCUGGUGCAACAGUUGUCAUCGGUACUUACAAAAUCCAUCGCAACCCCAAAUACUAUAAGAAGCCGGAUGUUUUCGAUCCUGAUAACUUCUUACCAGAAAAUACCCAGAACAGGCACUACUAUAGCUACAUACCAUUCAGUGCUGGACCGAGAAGUUGCGUUGGUCGUAAGUACGCCAUUUUGAAACUGAAAAUACUACUUUCAACUAUAUUAAGAAACUAUAAAAUGGUUUCUGACAUCACUGAAGAUCAAUACAGGCUCCAAGCUGACAUUAUAUUGAAACGUACCGACGGAUUUAGGGUACAGAUCGAGCCGCGGCAGAGAGUACCAUUCAUAGGAUAGUAACAUUCCUUAUUAAAUUUAACAAUUAUUACCAGUACAUCAAAUAAUCAUUAUAUAAAUUGUGCUAACAUUUGCUUCAUAUACAUAUUAAUGUAGUAUAUGGUAUUACUUUAGUACUUUAAAUGUUUAUUAAAUUACAAUUUAUUAUUUAUAAAACAUGAUUAAACAAUGUCAUAUUGGUGAAGUAAGGUUUGAGACGUACUGUAUAUUAUUGUAAGUUUUUUUAUCAUCAAAAAUAUUAUUAAAUAUGCUAAUUGUAUGUUAAAAUAAUAAAAAAAAACAUAAACGAUUGUGUAUUACAACUUUAUAUCCUUUAUGGAAUUGAAAACUCUUAUCUAGCAGGGUGAAAAUAAGCAAAUUCAUCGGUUAUCUAUAUUUGAGUAUAGUCUGACCAGAAACAUAGCAUCCCUCUCCACAAUCAACUUUGAUAUUGCAAUUAUUAUGUUAUUCCAAAUGAAAUCCAGACUAUUUAAGACUUAUUCUAAUUUCUUUACUUAUGUUUUUUUUCUCUGCGGCUACGUUUAAUAAACGAUUAAAAUAAAGCAUAUUGUUAACUCGG